AUGGUGGGAUAUUGCAGUAAAAGUGUCACCCUACACUUAUUUUUCUUCUUCAAUCACCUGUUCUUCAUCUUGGGGGCGCUGAUGGUUGGGAUCGGGACCUGGAUUUUGGUUGACCAAAAGGCCUUCAUUCCCAUCCUGCAGAACUCGUCUCCCACGUUCAAAACUGGGAUCUACGUCUUCAUCGGAGCCGGUGCCAUCACCAUGGUGCUUGGCUACCUGGGAUGCUUAGGGGCCUUCUUUGGCAUCCGGUGCACCCUUGGCCUCUACAUCGCCUGCCUGUUGCUCAUCCUCUCGGCCCAGAUGACCGCUGGCCUGAUGAUCUGCUUCCAACAGAGCUCGCUGAAAGCCAGGAUACCCGAGGUGGUGAUUGAUCUCCUCCAGACAUAUGACUCUUCCAACGAUACAAACCAGGCCCUCGCAGCCGCUUGGGACUUUGUUCAAAUCAAGUUUGCGUGCUGUGGCUGGACCGGACCCGAAGACUGGCAACUCAACAAAAUCCUUUGGGCAGGCAAAAUGCGCUACUAUCCAUGUUCUUGCAGCAACCACACAGAGGAUGCCUACAUGGGGACAGGUUUCUGUGCUCUGGAGCCCUAUUCGGAUACAACCAACGUGACCGACUGGCCCGUGAAGAAGCAGGGGUGCCGGAUGGCUGUGCUGAGCUGGUUGCAGAGAAAUUUCAACCUCUUUCUUGGGGUCUGCACAGGAGUGGCCAUCACAGAGCUGCUGGGGAUAGGGCUCUCUAUCCACCUCUUCAAAAACAAAACAUGCCUAUACUAAAGAUGACAACGCCGCCUGGAGCUUGGAUGCGAUCCAGGAGGAAAGAGGGAACUGGGUUCUUUGUUCCAGACGAUGCUUGGCAGUCCCUGCUAGAGCUUUAGCCUAACAACUCUUCCUCUACUUAUCUUGCUCCUUCCAGAAAUGAAUGCAAAUGUUCUGAAUGGCCGGGCUUUUAGAGUUUUAUUCACCACCACAAUAAGAUUCAGGAUGCUCCAUAUACCCCUUCCGCUGGGUUCGUACCCUCUUCCUUCUGUGCAAUUUGGAUAAAGUUGGGAGAUUAGACUUGUGGAUUUCUUCCACAAAUAUUCCUACCUGAGGCUGGUUCAUUCCUUCUUACAUUUUUCAGACCCCGCUGUUGAGGCUGACUUCCUCAAUUCCAAGGGAAAAAUCUCUUCCAUCUGGAAUUGUAUCACUUGCUUUGUUUCUCCAACGUUUGAAAAAUAAAGUUCUAUCGGCUGUACAAUUUUCUUUCCCUUCCUGUUUGGUGCUUGGGAUGUCCAUCAGGUCAAAGGU